GCCAGCCAGCACUGCAACACUCCCCAAGCAUCACUGUUGGCAGCUUUUAUUCCCACCAAAGUGACCAGUCAAGAUGCCGGGAGAAAAGCGUUUUGUGUUCUCCGUUCGUAUUAUAGGAGCCAUGCGCAGGGAGACACCAAAACUCAAGAUGUUUGUGCUAUCAGUGCUGUGGUCGGAUGAGAAUGAAGUGAUUAUCUACAGGUCUUAUGAUGAUUUCAAGAACUUUCAUAGGCAGCUGAAGAAGAACUUUCCUUACUUCAACCCUUCGCAGAAUAACAACAGAAUGAUCCCCAAAUUUAGCGGGGACUCUCAGAAGAACGGCCUCCAGCAGAGAGGAUCGAAGCGAGCUAUUCAACGCAUAAAGAACUUGCAGAGUUACUGCAACAAGCUGGUGACGUGCGAACAAAUGGUGACCCAUUGUUCAGAGUUUGUCCAAUUUUUCACGCCGCUCGACCGCGACUUGGAUGGAGACUUUACCAAGAACAGCCUCAUGAUGCUGCUGUCAGAUGACAACUCAGAUGGAGGAGGGGUAGGAGGAGGUGACGAAAGUGCCUCGGUCACUCGACCGUUUGUCACCGAGACGUAUCGCUGCGUUGCUGCCUACGAGACCAAAGACAUCAAAAACUGCCCCUUCAAAGUAGCCACGGAUGAAACCCUCCAAGUCCUGAUCAAGGACCCUGCCGGUUGGUGGUUGGUGGAGAAUGAAGACAAGGACAUUGCCUGGUUUCCGGCUCCUUACCUGGAAAAGGAGGAAGAUGAUGAGAGAGGACAGCAGAGGGAAGGUGCUUUCUACUGUGCCGUGAGAAAUUUCGUCACCAAGAAAGCUGAUGAGCUGUCUGUGCCCAUUGGUUCUGUUGUGGAGGUGCUUAAGAUGUCUGAUGAUGGCUGGUGGCUUGCCAGAUUCAAUGGCAAGGUGGGCCACGUGCCCUCCAUGUACCUGCAGCCCUACAGCAACCCUCGUUCGGGUCUUUUCACUUUACAGAAGAAGAUGAGUAAAUCCACCCACAACCUGACCAUCAGCGGGGUUCCUCUGGAUGCUUCUUCUUCAGCCCGCAUCGUCAGGGAACCCCACACAGGGCAAAGGUCUGCGAUCCAGCCCAGUUCUCGGUCUAGCGGCCCUGGCUAUCUGUCCAGAGCCAGAUCGAUAGAACUGUUAGAGACCCAAAACCUGUCAGCUGUGCCCUCCCCGGUGGAGGUCAAUAACGCCCGCUUAGAAAACCGCACUCGCAGCAUUAGCACAAGCACAGAGUCCAGCAUUUCCUCCGUCUAUAGCUCGUCUUCACGUUCCAGAGCGGACGUGUCGAGCGUCAGCCCGAACGAGUGCGGUGACCGGGGACGUCGCAAUUCCAGCACCAGUUAUAUGAGUUAUGGAAGUUCUUGGAGUUCUGGGAGCUUCAGUUCCAGAGACAGCGACACAAGCCCGAUUACCCCAACAGUGCCGCCCAGACCCAAGAAAGAGGAGAUUCUGAACCGGUGCUCCACCAUGACCCGCAAAGCCGCUCUGGAGACCAAAUCUCGGCUCCAGACGUGGGCCGAUCCAACCAUUGAAAGUUACUUGUAGGGACACCUCCCAAGUGACACACAAAGGAGUUCUUCAUGAUUUACUCACACUAGCUCUCAUUCACUCUUUCUUUUAAGCAAGUAAGCCACACGUACGUAUUUUGCUCCAAAGUCAUCGAUCCAGUGAUUCCAGAAUUACUUGACUGGAGAAGAGAAGGAAUACAAGUGUCAUGUAGCUUCAAUGAAGCACGAGAACGAACCAGUAGAAACAACACAUUGUUGGUAAAAAAAAUAAAAUAAUAAUUGAGAUGUUAAAGUGGAUCGUUGGAUCUCAAUAUUUUGGCUUAACUGAACGCUUUCCUGAUUCCUUCAAAUAAUGAAGCUGCUUCGAGAGACGCUGUUAGCAAAUGUUGUACAUUUUACUAGCAUGAAGAAUAAUUACUAUUGUAAGUUGUAUUAUAUGUGAUAUAAAGAUUAUUUGAUAAACUCCA